AUGGCGAAUAACGACGAACACUCGGAAGAUUCGAACUCCAAUAGAGAAGACUCGUUCGAGGUUGUUAAACAACGUCUCAAGGAUCGAUCAAAGAAAGUUGUUCAGACAAGAGAAUUAUUGACUAGACAAGCGGUGCAGACACGCGAGAUCUUAUCGAAACAGGCCGUUAAGAUCGCCAAACAAGCCGAAGAACACGAGAGAUUCAUCAAUAAGGUUACACACCUUGUUGGGGUGCUCGGGUUUGGAGGAUUUUGUUUCCUACUUGGGGCAAGGCCACAGGACAUUCCUCUCGUUUACUGCUUCUUCUAUGUCAUCUUUGUUCCUCUUAGAUGGAUAUAUUACCGGUUUAAAAAAUGGCAUUAUUAUCUUCUGGACUUUUGUUACUACGCCAACACAAUCUUCUUGGUUGAUCUUCUUCUGUACCCUAAAAAUGAAAAGCUCUUCAUGGUUUGCUUUUCCUUUGCAGAGGGACCAUUGGCAUGGGCGCUUAUUGUCUGGCGUUGCAGCCUGGUUUUUAGUUCCCUCGAUAAGAUUGUUAGUGUCCUUAUACAUCUCUUGCCUGGGCUCGUGUUCUUCACAAUUAGGUGGUGGAAUCCAGCGACUUUUGCAGCUAUGCACCCUGUAGGCACUGCUCGUAGGGUUUCAUGGCCUUACGUGGAAGAUAAAUCUUACCUUUUCACAUGGCUGUUUCUCAUACCCUUGGUGGUUUAUACUCUUUGGCAAGUGCUCUAUUUUCUGAUCGUCAAUGUCCUGCGUAGGCAGAGACUCUUGAGAGAUCCUGAAGUUAUGACUUCGUACAGAGAGCUGUCGAAGAAAGCUCAAAAGGCGAACAAUAAGUUGUGGCAGCUAAGCGGUCUGCUAGGGGAUCAGAAUCGUAUGUGGAUGUACAUCCUGUUCCAGGCCAUCUUCACGGUGGCUACCAUGGCAUUGACCGUGCCUAUCUUCUUAUCGUAUAGACUUCACGUCAUCUUUCAGAUCCUGAAGAUUUCGGCGGCUGUGUGGAACGGAGGUAGCUUUUUACUAGAGGUAAUGCCACGACAAGUGAUCCAAAAAGAGAAGAAAAAAACAGAGAUGCAGCCAAUAGAGGAGCAGCUGCCACCUCCCACUCACAAUGAGGCAAAAUCUAUCACUGAAACAUGAGGAGGUACAUAUAAAAUAUCCUGAUGCAUGUCAGAAUGGAACUGACAAACGAUGACUCUUUUUUUCUUCUCAAAGUGAUGACCGUUUUUUAUUCUUUUUUAUUACGGUUUGUCCUUGUUACAUCGUUUUAAAGGGUCAUAGUAAAUGAACUUGUAGUUGCCUUUUCCUUUUAGUUGC